GAAUUGUGAUUUCUGAACAAAUCAAUUGGGUUAUUUACUAGAAUAGGCACCAUGCAUGACUGAAUUUAUUAGGAUAGAGUAUUUGUUUGUAUAUUUUUCAUUAGGAAUAUAUUGUAGUGACAAUAAGCCUUUGAGCAUGGUUUGUGAACGGGUUAAAUUGGUUGACUCAGUUUUUGUAAUAGGUACUUAAUUUUGGACAGGUUAGUUGUAAAUUGUUUGUCUCAUUCUUUGUAAUAGGUAUUUCGUUUUGGACUGUCAAAUUGUAAAUUAUUUGUCUCAGGUCUUGCUGAAUAUUUUACAAGUAGUAUUAUUACAAGAAAAAUGGUGUCUGGAUGUUCAAGCACUUCAUUAGUGGCAUCUCCUAAAAAACAAUCAAUUAAGGAAGUAACAGAAAAGUCUCCAAUGACAUCGGCAUCUCCUCCAACUCAAGCAAUAGAAGAAGCAGUUAUAAAGUCUCCACAAAAAUCAUCUUCUCUUCCAAUACAUGCAAGAGAAGAGACAAAUGAAAAGUAUUCAUUGAAACCAUCACCGCUAUUGUCUAAGGUGAAAUCUUUAGACAUACCAUCACUAAGACCGAUAUUGAUGGAGAAUGAACAUUUUACAAGUCGUGUAUCUGUAGCCUACAGGAUACAAGUGUUGAGGAAUAUACGAUCACUACUUUGUUAUGAAGAUUUGGAAGCAUUCACAGCUUCUUGUUUUGGUCAUCUUCUUAAACUAAUCGAUCUAGCGAAGAGUAGUGGGCAGUUGAUACAUUUUCUUUUACAGAGGCGGGUACAAACUAAUAAAGAGAAUGAGUUAUGGUUUGAUAUUGAUAGUCAACCUGUUAGGUUUUCAAUGCAUGAGUUUGCAUUGAUUAGUGGCUUUAAUUGCGGAAAAUCCAAUGACCCAAACUUGAGUAGUCUAAGAAAGGGUAAUAGGCUUAAAAAAGAGUAUUUUAGGGACAUAGAAGGACACAUUACUCUUAAAGAUUUGGAAACUAUGUUUGUGGAUAUGAGUGAAGAAAUCUAG